AAUGAAUGGAUAUGGUAUACAAAUGUCGUAAAUUGAGGGAAAUCAUUCUACUUUCACUUUGUCAUUCUCGAUAACAUGUGUGCAGAAGGCAUUCCAUCAAAAGUUGUGCAAUACGAACAGUUUCUAAAUGAAAGAUUGAAAGCAGAUUUGAGUCAAGUUAUUGAACAAAGAGACAGGCUAUAUGGAGAGGUAGCAGAAUACUUACAACUUAAAACUGUCAUUGAGAGAUUAAAGGAAUCAAAUUACAAAAGUGAUGGUCUUAAAACCAAAGUGGACUUGGGCUGCAAUUUCUAUGUUCAAGCAAAUGUUCCAGAUGCCUCCAUGAUUUAUGUAAAAGUUGGGUUUGGAUUUUUCUUGGAAAUGACUCAUGACGAAGCCUUAGCCUUCAUAGAGAAGAAAGUUUCUAUGAUUAAUUCUAAGAUAGAAGUCCUUACUAAGGAUGCAGCUAAAAUUAAGGCCCACAUUAAACUCGUUCUACAGGGUCUACAGGAGAUCCAGAAUUUAGACUUUCAGCCAGAAAAGCCCUACAGAGAUGUGUUAAGCUGAGAGUAUGCUAAACCCCGAACACAUCUACAAGCCUUCGCGUCAAGCAUAUGAUAUCUCCAAAUAUUCAGGGAGAAAUCUACAAUUUAGGACCAUGUGACUUUGGCAAUAUGAGUCAGGUUCAAGGCCAGAAUUCAGGAGAAGACAAUAAUUAUUGUUUUGAUAUUAAACCUCAUUUAAUACAUGUACAGAUGUAAAUGUAUAUCAUGUACCGGUAAUUGUGUGAAAAAAAUCAUGAUUAAAAACAUAGGGUAGAUCUCA